GACGACUCGCUCGCUCCCCCCGGCCCGCCUGCCCCCGUGCACAGACGACGACAGCAGCAGAGCGUUGACGCGACCGCCCACAACCGCCCCCGAACAACUCAUUUGUUUCACAUCUGCCUCGAAACAGUCAUGAUCUUGCCCGUCGUUGUCGUCGUGCUCGCUGUGCUUCCCGCCGUUACGGUUUUUGCACAAGAUGAUACGACAACAGCGGCUCAACCUGUAUGCUCUGUGAAUCAACUAUUCAAUGGGCAAAUUUGUACAUGUGCACCUGGAUACUUUUCAUCGGCUAAUGAAGAAUCCAGGAUCCGAUGCGAAGAUGAAUGCGAAGAAGUCUAUUUCUCAUUCUUCACUUAUGGAAAAUGUAUAGGAGACAUCUUUGGCAAGUUGCCAAGAGAUCAACAACCAGCCUGCAACCUUCGAUGUGGAGUCCGACCACGACUAUGGACUUCAAUUGGAAUUUUCUGCGUUUUCGCAGCUUCACUAGCCACUUUGCUCUUCACUAUACCAAUGUGUAUCGCAACUUGUGCCAGCUGUCUGCACGCCAAAAAGGCAAACAAGAACGCUAAGCGAGUGAUGAUGGAGCAACAGCAACAACAACAACCGAAUAAGGAUCAACAAGUAGCCACUAUGGGCUACAACCCUUACGCUUAUUGGCCAUACUACGGACGAGCGUAAAAAGCCCGCGCAAAAUAGAGAGUAUAAACGGACGUUUGUCACGCGCGAUUCUAACUGAUCUAUUUGAACGAUUUUUUUCUGUAUAAUUUUUUUUAUUUUUUGUAGUUAGUAAUGUCUAUAGGUGCUAUAUUUCAACGCUUUUUUCUGGAAAAAUGGUAGAUAACGCAUGACAAACGUCAUUUUUGACCUGACAGAGAGCUCCUUUACAAAGUGCCUUUUUCCUACGUCGAAAAGCUAGGCCCUAUUCCCCCAAUGUGAGCAUCUCAUCGUUUCCUACUGCAUUUUGCUUAGGAUUAUUCACACACUCUGAAGCGCUCUCCUCUUCCAUUUCGCUCUACCAUUUCGUAUGUACUUCGGGUACGCGCGCAUUUGCUCCUCGACGCUUGCCAAACGUGAUUUUUCGCCCCGUCGAUCGUCUUCAAUUUUUUUUCAUUUUCUGAAUUUUCUCUGCUCUGAUUUAUACACUUACAGAGAGUGUGUAUGUUUUGUGUCCAUAACUCUACCCGAUUACUUAUACCAUAUUGACAAUCACUGCCCAAUCUCAGGCCAGAUGUAUUUCUAGAUUAUUAUGACUUUAUAUGAAGAAUUCUCUCGUUUCAAGUUUUCACUUCGAAUAAAGAUCUUAUGUAUGAGACAUGCGAUAAUGUGUGCUACUUUUCAUA